GCACUCCUUAGAACACACGUUAAAACGCUGCCCUUAGAGUCCUGCUCGCAUUUGGCUGGAGUAGUAUCUCUUCAAUGCCCCCCGAGCCCCCAUUUCUUCUUUAGUUUCCCUUUAAGCUUUAUCUUUCGGAGCAGAGGAAUCUGCGCUUUGCUUCCGUGAUGGAGAAGGAUCCGAGAAAGGCCGCGACGCCGGUGAAGGGAUCGGCCAGAGCUGGCACCGGAGGCGCCAUGAACAGAAUUCAGGCGAGGAGAGAGCGGAAGCUCGCGCUGCAGCAAGAUGUCGAUAAGCUGAAGAAGAAGCUGCGCCACGAGGAGAACGUCCACCGAGCUCUGGAGCGAGCGUUCACGCGGCCGCUCGGCGCCCUGCCUCGCCUGCCGCCGUAUCUGCCGUCUCAGACGCUGGCUCUUCUCGCGGAGGUGGCGGUGCUGGAGGAGGAAGUAGUCCGGCUGGAGGAGCAGGUGGUGAAUUUCCGGCAAGGGAUCUACAAGGAGGCGAUCAUCUUCUCCACCGCCAAGAACACCCAUCCCUCCGGCGGCGAAGUUCCCGUGCCGGUGCAGCUCGUUCCGUCGAACCCGGUGCCCAAUUCAGUAGUCUCUCCGACGGCAGCACGCCCAGGUUCAGACCAUCCUCCCACCCGUCCAUCGCCGCACAACGGCGUCGUCAAUGGCAAGCAAGCACCAAGAAAGCCCGUCCCUGGCUCGGGGAGCCAGGAUGACCGGUCCGGGGCAGGGAAAGAGAAUCAGUCGUGCAGCAACACGUCGAGCGCAAGCAGGAACAGCCGCCAGACGCCGUUGCAGCAGAAGACGCCCAGUAAGUCCAGGGCGACGCCGGCAGUGGCACCUGACAGACGCAGGGCAACUCCUGCUCAGACAACCAGUGCAGCAACGCCAGACCGUAAAAGGCCUGCGGACGCUUCCGCCAGCAACCGAAACAAAGCGACGUCCCAGGACGACUCGAGCGUGCCGAACAAACUGUCUGAGGAGCUGCUGCAGUGCCUGCUGACCAUCUUCUCCCGGAUGGGCUCGGCCGGCGGCGGCCAUGGAGACGAGGACCAGCAGGCGCCGUCCCCGUCGGUGUCGGGCUCCAGCGAGAGCUCGGGCUCGGGCUCGGAGGAUGCGUACCCGCAGGACCCCUACGGCAUCCUGGAGCUCGGCGCCAGGGACAUCGGCCCGUACAAGCGGUUCCACGUGGUCGACGCCGCGUCGUUCGAUCGGAACGCGGUGGCCGGCGACGGCGACGCGUUCCACGCCCGGAGAUUGAAGGCCUUGCUACGGAGGCUGUCGUCGGUUGACCUGGCGGGGCUCUCGCAUCAACAGAAGCUGGCGUUCUGGAUCAACGUCUACAAUUCCUGCAUGAUGAACGCGUUUCUGGAGCAAGGGAUACCUACCACCCCCCAAAUGCUCGUGGCGAUGAUGCCGAAGGCGACCAUAAACGUUGGUGGGCGCGCGCACAGCGCCAUGUCCAUCGAGCAUUUCAUCCUCAGGCUGCCCUACAGCGUCAAGCAGGUGAAUCCGGAAGGGGCGAAGGCCGGCGACGACGUGACGGCGCGCGGAGCGUUCGGGCUGGAGUGGCCUGAGCCCCUCGUCACGUUCGCGCUCUCCUGCGGCAGCUGGUCCUCACCCGCGGUGAGGGUAUACACGGCGGCGCGCGUGGAGGAGGAGCUGGAGGCGGCGAAGCGGGAGUACCUGCAGGCGGCCGUGGGCGUGACGUCGCCGGGGAAGCUGGCGGUGCCGAAGCUCCUGCACUGGUACCUGCUGGACUUCGCCAAGGACGUGGACUCGUUCAUGGACUGGGUGUGCCUGCAGCUGCCGGCGGAGCUGCGCCAGGAGGCGAUGCGGAGCGUGGAGGACGGCCGGCGCGGGGGCGCCGAGCCCCGGCGCAUCCAGGUCCUGCCGUACGAGUUCAGGUUCAGGUACCUGUUGGCCUCCUCGUGACGCGUACUGUACUAGCGCCAGUAGUAACUGAAGGCGUGCGUGGUACUGUAGUCUGUACACAGGUUUUGCAAUAAAGGCAAGACUGUCGAGAUGCAGUUCGGCCUUUGUAUAAAAGGACAGAAGUAUAAGAGCUUCUGGUUGAUAAUUCUCGUUAUUUGUGCUUC